UAUUCUACUUAGUAUAGAUGAGAUUGUUAACAACCACUUUUAUAGCCAACUUCAUUCAUCUCUUUGAGUAUUCUCUUACAUUUAAGUUUAAAGGCAUAGACAUGGGAAUCAAGGUUCAUGGAAUCCCUCACGGUGCCACCCUUCGUGUUUUGGCCACUCUUCAUGAAAAGGAAAUCGAUUUCGAGUUAGUUCCCAUCGACAUGAAAUCCGGUGCUCACAAGCAACAACCUUUUCUUUCUCUUAACCCUUUUGGUCAAGUUCCGGCAUUUGAAGAUGGAGAUCUCAAGUUAUUUGAAUCGAGGGCAAUUUCAAAAUACAUAGCAUUCAACUAUGGAAAUGGAACUCCUCUUUUUUCAAACAAAGAUGGAAAGCAAAUCGCUGACUUAUCCGUAUGGAUGGAAGUCGAGGCUCACCAAUUCGAUCCAGUAGCCACUAAACUCAACUAUGAGCUAGGUUAUAAGCUUUACUUGGGCAUGGAAACUGACAACGCGGUUGUUGAGGAGUACGAAGCUAAGUUGGCCAAGGUCCUUGACAUUUACGAGGCCCGAUUAGCAACGUCAAAGUACCUAGCCGGUGAUUCAUUUACUUUGGCUGAUCUUUAUCAUUUGCCUGCACUUCAAUAUAUGAUGCUUAAUAAAAUGAAGCAAUUGGUUGAUGAACGCCCUCAUGUUAGUGCUUGGUGCAAGGAUAUCUUGGCUAGGCCUGCUUGGGGAAAGGCUUGGGCCUUGCAAAAUGAUUUUAAUUAAUUUGAACUUAUUAUUACAACCCUCAUCAUUAUUAGCUUUGUAAUGGUUGUUUGUAUUAUGUCUAAUCAUGUAUUCAUUUACUAUGUUAUGUUGGCGUUUUACUACUUGUGUAUCGAGUUUGUGAUUGUGAGUUAGAAAUUUAUCGUUAGUAAUAAAAGUUUAUAUUGGAAAUACAUCACAUCAUUGUUGUGUUAUAAUAUCAUAAUACAUUAUGCGGUUA